AUGCACGAGCUGCAUGCAAAUAAGAACUCACGUCCGAGCCCUCGAUGCUUUGCGGACAGGCGAUCAGAGAAGACCUCGAAGAGAGAAGAGCAGCAGUACUGGCUGAAGCAGCAGAGGCGAGUCAGCUACGCCCGUCGGAACUUUGCCAAUUGUAAAACAAAGACGACUGUUCUCCGGAACCCGGAUAGAAUAAGUGCAACAUCGAGAACAGGGUUACAGAAAGUGACUCACGACUUCUACUGGGAUUCGGUUCUGGUCGGUGGUUGCCAGGUUAACCGCUCAGUAUGUCGGUAUGUCGGUCUACGAACGUGCUCGAGUUUAGGAGCUGACGGGACUUGCCAGUUCAGCAAGGUCUUGAAGUGA